UUAUCAGACUGAGCGGCCGACAGGAACUGGCCGCCGCCGCUCCGCCGCCGCAGCCACGCACGGAGCCGCCAUUGGCUGUCCGACUGCCGGAGCUCUGGCAGCAGGCAGAGGCGACAGGGAAGGAAGGGAAGCACCGGAGCGACGACCGGAGCCCUGCGCUUUGUUUUUUUUUUUUUUGUUUUAAACAAACCGAGAGAGCGACAUAAACUCGGACACGAAGAAACCCGAGGAAACCCGAGGAAACCCGAAGACACACGAAGGGAAUACAAAGUUUGUGUUUCUAACGUUCGCUGGAAGUUUGGGAAGCUAACGGCUAGCUGAUGCUAAACCAACCGUUUGACCCGAGACACGAUUAAAAACUUUAUUUUUUUUUACUAUUUUCGACCAUGUAAGACGCGCGGUCAUGAGAUGCCGCACUUUGAUACGGAGCAGAGCUUUUAUUUAGAUUAAAACGCGUCAGUGUGUGUGUGUGUGUGUGUGUUAGCUGCCUAGCCGGCUAGCGGCUAACUGACUUCAAGCCAAAGAGCUAACGCUGCUAGCCUAGCCUAGCCUAGCCUAGCCUAGCCUAGCCGGAGCUACCACCGGGUUUCCACGUCACCUCGCUGCCCCGUGACAUGUCUACCUGCGCUCGGCUGGUUUCGCUCGGUGUGUUUUCGCUUCCAGGCUCGGAUAUCAUGCUACAAUCAUCCGCUUCGCUUAAUGCCAGCCUGCUAACGCGGUGUUAGCCGGAGCCGGGAAAACUUGGACCGCCGCCUCCUCUCCUCUCCUCUCCCCCGCUGUCCGCUCACUUUAUCUCGGGGAUUCGCUCUGAGGCCUUUUUUUUUCCAGGAUCUCAUCCUCCUCCAGCCUUGAUGAGUCCCAGCUCUGAGUGACUGUGGAGCUCUGACGAGGCUGUAACAUUUGGAGUUACCUGGACUUCAUUUAAAAAAAGCAAAACUAACUUUAUCCUGCAAAGAUGAUGUGCGAAGUGAUGCCCACCAUCAGCGAGGCCGAGGGGCCCGGCGGGGGAGGCGGCGGUGGCCGUCGAGGUUCCGGCUCCCCGCUGCAGUCGGACUCGGAGGGCCACUUUGAGUCGCUGAUGGUGUCCAUGCUGGAGGAGAGGGAUCGACUUCUCGACACUCUUCGAGAGACUCAGGAGAAUCUGGGCUUGACCCAGGGCAAACUGCACGAAGUCAGCCAUGAAAGGGACUCGCUGCAGAGACAGCUUAACACGGCUCUGCCCCAGGAGUUUGCUGCACUGACAAAGGAGGUGAACAUUUGCCGGGAGCAGCUUCUGGAGAAGGAGGAGGAGAUUGCUGAGCUGAAGGCGGAGAGAAACAACACACGGCUCCUGUUGGAGCACUUGGAGUGCCUGGUGUCUCGCCACGAGCGCAGUCUGAGGAUGACGGUGGUGAAGAGACAGGCUCAGUCUCCAGCUGGAGUCUCCAGUGAAGUGGAGGUCCUCAAAGCCCUUAAGUCACUUUUCGAACACCACAAAGCCCUCGAUGAGAAGGUGAGGGAGCGACUCCGCGUUGCCUUGGAAAGAUGCAGCGCAUUGGAGGAGCAGCUCACCAUGUCGCACAAAGAACUGGCUUACCUCAGGGAGCAGAACAGCCAGAAGAGAGGGCUGGCAGAUGGAACCAGCGAGGUCAACCACAACUCUGAAAACACACCAAGCACUAAUGGCAAGCGGUCAUCGGACGGUUCGCUGAGCCAGGAGGAGGAGUCGUCGUCGGGGCCCGUGUUCGGGAAGGUUGGCGAGCUCCAGGAAGUGGUGGAACGCCAGAUGGCUGAUCUAGGCCAGAUGAAGGAGCGCAUGGCUUCUAUGGUUUCACGCAUCAAUGAGCUGGAGGAGGACCUGGACACGGCUCGGAAGGACCUCAUCAAGUCCGAGGACAUGAACACACGGCUACAGAGAGACCUGAGAGAGUCGAUGGCUCAGAAGGAAGACAUGGAGGAGAGGAUCACCACCCUGGAGAAGCGCUACCUGGCAGCUCAGCGGGAGGCCACCUCCGUCCACGACCUCAACGACAAGCUGGAGAACGAAGUGGCCAACAAGGAGUCGCUGUUCAGACAAACUGAAGACAGAAACCGGCAACUCCAAGAGAAGCUGGAGCUGGCUGAGCAGAAGCUGCAGCAGACCAUCCGCAAGGCCGAGACUCUGCCUGAGGUGGAAGCAGAGCUAGCCCAGAGGGUGGCUGCCCUCACCAAGGCAGAGGAACGCCACGGCAACGUGGAGGAGAGGCUGAGGCAGCUGGAGGCCCAGCUGGAGGAGAAGAACCAGGAGCUGCUCAGGGCACGGCAGAGAGAGAAGAUGAACGAGGAGCACAACAAGCGUCUGUCUGAGACGGUGGACAAACUCCUGUCAGAGUCCAACGAGAGACUCCAGCUUCACCUCAAAGAGAGGAUGUCUGCUCUGGAGGACAAGAACGCCCUCAUAAGAGAACUGGACCACACCAAGAAGCUGAUUGAGGAGUCUCAUCAUGAGAAGGAGCAGCUGCUGAUCCAGAUCGAGACCAUGCGGGCUGAGAACGAGCAGGGCCGGAGCAGAAGCAACUCCUUACUACACGGACGCUCUCAGCUGGGCAGCACUCCAGAUUUCAGGUAUCCAGUGUCGGCUUCCUCCAUGAUGGACAGUAACUCAGACCACUACGGCUCGGCUCUGGUGCUGAGACGGCCUCAGAAAGGACGGAUGGCAGCGCUCCGGGACGAGCCGUCCAAGCGACAUGUGCAGACUUUAAACGAGCAGGAGUGGGAGCGCAUGCAACAAGCCAACGUGCUUGCAAACGUGGCCCAGGCCUUCGAGAGCGACAUGGAUGCUUCGGACCUGGAGGAGGAUCGAGAGACCAUUUUCAGCUCGGUGGACCUGCUGUCCCCUGGUGGCCAGGCCGACGCACAGACCCUCGCCUUAAUGCUGCAGGAGCAGCUGGACGCCAUCAACAAUGAAAUUAGGAUGAUCCAGGAGGAGAAGGAGAGCACCGCCAUCCGAGCAGAGGAGAUCGAGUGCCGGGUGGGCAGCGGCGACAGCCUGGGAGGACGCUUCCGCUCGAUGAGCUCCAUCCCUCCGUCACUGUGUGGGGGCUCCUCGUUGGGAGGCUCACCCCCAGACUCUGGCCACUCCACCCCCAGACGCAUUCCUCGCAGCCCCAACAGAGAACUGGACCGAAUGGGCGUCAUGACCUUGCCUAGUGACCUGCGCAAGCACCGCAGGAAGUCUGCUCAGGACGACAAGGCCACGAUCCGAUGUGAGACGUCACCCCCCACCACUCCUCGCUCCAUGCGCCUGAACAGGGAGGCAGGACACACUGCGAGCCACGAGGACAUCAGAGACAUCCGAGGCCUGGCUGGUCUGCAGGACGGUCAGGGUAGCAACCCCAGCAGCAGCAACAGCAGCCAGGACUCCCUCAACAAAGCAGCCAAGAAGAAGAGCAUCAAGUCUUCCAUUGGACGCCUCUUUGGGAAGAAGGAGAAGGGCCGACCCAGCAUUCCUGGCAAGGACUCCCCCAGCCAAGCCGGCACUCCCGAGGCAGAGAGCUCUCCAAAGGAUGGACUAGGCGUGGGCACUCUGGGAGGUCCUGCAGAGAAGAACAGGAAGCUGCAGAAGAAUCCAAAGACUGGGCAUGAGUUACUGGAGGAGGCUCGCAGGCAGGGCCUGCCGUUCGCCCAGUGGGAUGGACCAACUGUCGUGGUUUGGCUGGAGCUGUGGGUGGGCAUGCCCGCCUGGUACGUGGCCGCGUGUCGCGCCAACGUGAAGAGCGGAGCCAUCAUGUCGGCGCUGUCGGACACGGAGAUCCAGAGAGAGAUCGGCAUCAGCAACCCGCUUCAUCGUCUGAAACUUCGCCUGGCCAUCCAGGAGAUCAUGUCUCUGACCAGCCCCUCAGCCCCGCCCACCUCCAGAACGACCACAGGAAACGUUUGGGUCACACAUGAAGAAAUGGAAAGUUUGGCAGCCACACCUCCCACGGAGGAUGACGAGGGCAGCUGGGCCCAGACUCUGGCGUACGGAGACAUGAACCACGAGUGGAUCGGUAACGAGUGGCUGCCCAGUCUGGGUUUGCCGCAGUACCGCUCCUACUUCAUGGAGUCCCUGGUGGACGCCCGCAUGCUCGACCACCUCACCAAGAAAGACCUGAGAGGACAGCUGAAGAUGGUGGACAGCUUCCACAGGAACAGUUUCCAGUGUGGAGUGAUGUCUCUGAGGAGGCUCAACUAUGACAGGAAGGAGCUGGAGAGGAGAAGAGACGAGUCUCAGAUGGAGCUUCAAGAAGUGUUGGUGUGGAGUAACGAGCGCGUCGUCAGCUGGGUUCAGGCCAUCGGCCUCAAAGAGUACAGCGGAAACCUUUACGAGAGCGGAGUCCACGGAGCGCUGCUCGCCCUCGACGAAACCUUCGAUCACAACGCUCUGGCUCUGCUGCUGCAGAUCCCCACGCAGAACACACAGGCCAGAGCGACUCUGGAGCGUGAAUACAACAGUCUGCUGGCCAUGGGCACGGAGCGGAGGAUGGAGGAGGAUGACGACAAGAACUUCCGCCGCGCUCCCUCAUGGAGAAAGAAGUUCAGGCCCAAAGACAUGAGGGGGAUGUCGUUGGGAGCGUCCGACACGCUGCCCGCCAACUUCAGAGUGACCAGCAGCAGCGCGGCGUCUCCCUCCACGCAGCCAAAGAGGAGCCCGAUGGACGGAAGUCAGUCUAUACAGAGGCUGGACACUGCCACAGUCAGGACCUACUCUUGUUAACACAACGUUUAUCCUCAUUAUUUCUAUAGGUAACCGCUGGUCUGAGGAUGAAGGGGAGUUCCCCGCAUUCAAGACCAGGAUGAUGAACUGAAAUGACUCGCAAGGACACUAAAAGAUGUUUUUUUGUUUUUGUUUUGUUGUGUCAUCACAGAGAAAGACCGUACUCACCGAUCUCAGUAUCCCUAGAGGAAACUUUCUAGAUUUAUCUACAUUUGUUAUGAUAUUUAUGUAAACCCAUGGGACAUUUUAAUUGAUUUUAGAAUUACUAUGUAACCCUUUCCCCCUUUAAUCACCCCACUUUUUAAAAAAAGAAACCUUUUCCACUGUGCCCGUAUUAAGCUCAGCUCUCAGAUGUAUGUAACUGAAUGUUUGGACUGUCUGGAGUUUGUAUAUUUCUACCAACAGACGUUUUAUCUAAUCUUUUUUAUAAUCCUGAUUCUAUUGACCAGAUGUAUGUUUUGUUUCUCUUCUUCUUCUUCCUCGCUUUGAUUUGAAUUCUAAUCAUUGAAUUUCUGCUUAAGUGACUUUGAUAUGUGAUAUAACUUAAUUCAUAUCCUUUGGCCCUUUUUAACUGUCGUAUUUUUUUGUAGCUUCUUACCUGUGAUUGAUUGAAAGUAAAUACAGCUCUUAGAGCCACGGAUGUGUGAAUAUCAGACAAAUUGCUGGAGUUGUCAGACUGUUUCACAAACUGCUCAACACUGUGAGUCAUCCAUCACCUCUAAAAUAAUAAUUUGGAUGGUGACGACAGAUAUCAUGUGAAACACACACACUUUGUUUUCCUCUCUGCUCUCUUUUCUUUCCACCUUACCUGCGAAACCAAAAUGAGUUUUUAAGAAUUAAAGCCAUAUAACCGUAGCGAAAACAAAAACCAGAGGGCUUCUUCGGAUGCAAAACGGAAUUCGAGGUUCUCCUCAAGAAAUGCAUGCGUGUCCCCGCCCCCCCACACCCAGCGCACCCCUUUAACAAAAACAAACCUCCCUCACCUCUGGAGGAACGCACGGCGGGCUCACCUGUACGAGGACUUGAACGUACAGAAGAGUCGUGAAGCGUGCGGCUUCUCCUUCGAUGGACCAACUUCACCGAGGCCUCAGUCGAUCCCCGCUGUGACUAGAUAACCCUGAAGGCGGCGCGAUCCACCCACAAACACUCUGUGCGAACAUUUCAUAUCAAGCCUUAUUGUUUCUUAACUCUUCUGUCGUCUGUUCUUAUUUAUUAUUACUCAUCCGCAUUGUGUUUGGUCAGUUGUACUUCCAUAGCUGAAGCCCCAGUUUGCUCCUGUGAAUGUAGCAGAGCUCCUCACGUCUGUCCCGUCAGCGUUACCCAACACAGGUUCCACCGCUCGGUCGUCCCGGCGACUGAGAAGAACCGAAGAGUUUUCUUUCUUUUCUUUCACGUUAGUCAAACAUUAAAGUAGAGUCGCCUCUUUUUAUUUUCUGUUUGUGAUUUUAGUCAUUCAUGCACAAUGCAAAUCAUGUUGCUGUUGUUUUACUCCUGCUCUUCCCAUUUGAAUCUCCUGAUCUUGUAACAAUGAUGUACAGUCUGAGUACUUAUAAACUAUUUUUAUCACAAUAUUAUUUAUUGCUUACUUUCAAUAAAAUACUGAAACUUAUUUUCCACUGCA